UAGUAAUGUAUUCCAUAACUAAAAUGCAAAAUCUCUUAUUUUUAUUUUAUGAAACCACGCUAAAAUCUCUGAGCUACACUGCAGGAAAUCAGAGCAAUAUGAAUGAUAUAAGCUGGAGACUACAAACAGCUCAUCCUCUCGAGCAUUUACAAGUUGACUCAUUUGUGCAGCUGUGUAAUCAACACAACUAACAAACUAAGUUGAGUAUUGCACACUUCCACCUGUUUUCCACCUCAUUCUUUUUUUGUUUUUAUCCUUAAUUGGUCCAAAGUGCAAACAGUUAAUGGUUUGUCAGAUUCACAGUCAUUACUCCCAAUUCUCUGAUGAUUUCAUCACAAAUUGGGCCCAUAAGAACCAUUUUGACUAGGAUCACUGUGGCCUGUUCAGUGAUAAAUGCAUCUUUGGGGACCAUUAUCCAACAGACCAAUCACCGUAAUGCAUUGUUUACUUGCUUAAGGAUCUGAGCAGACAGAGUUCACAAAUCAUUUCACAUAGUAUCAAGACUGUUAGAAAAUAAACAUAUAUACAUCUAAUUAAGAAAGCCAAUAUACACAAUAAUAAUUAACAAUAACCCCUCAUUGCCAAAUUAAUCUGAUUAAACUGGGGAUGUUCCUGAUUUCUCUUUUCAGUCACAAAGGGUCACUGGACUCUUUCUGUAAUGUUUAAGUGAUUCAUAUAAACUCAAGACUUAUGCUUGCACAUUUAUUGGCCAAUUUUCCAUAUUAAGGAACUUACACACCUCAGACCAUUUAAGAGGUAAGGACUACAGACAUGGCUGCUGAUUCAAUUAUAUAAUGCAGUUCUUUAAUACAGGUGCAAUUCAAACUUUUUUCAUACUGCUGGCUUUGCCAAAGUUGAUCUGGACUGAGUCUAUGAGGGUCUUUGCCUACUGACUCAUCCAGCAACAUGAUAGCUCUAUCAUGACCUAUUUUGCUUUUUUUUUUUUUUAAUUCUGAAAAGAUCCCAUAUUUCUCUGCCUUCAGGAGGACUGAUGAGAUGAUCAAAGUGGGUACAGCCCUGCUCUCCAUGGACCAAAUUAAAAGGCUUUUACUUUUAAGUUUCAAAAGGAAGCAUUAUCUCUGGAGAUCAAUGAGAUACACAUAUAUAUUUUCUGCUGUCUGUCACACGUGUUGCUGUCUGCAGUCUACUGUUGGAGCGAGCAUCACAAGACUUACUGCUAUUAAAGACUGGAGAGCUAUUAUGCAGAGGCCGUCCUCCAACAGAGACUGCUGAGAUCAACUAUGUCUUUUCUCAGGACUGUUUUAAAUGGCUCUGUGAUCAUUCAUCCUCCAGGUUUCUAUAUCCUUGGAUUUCAGACCUUUCCUUCCAUUAGUUUCUACUUCAUCUUUCUAGCAUUUGUUUAUGUGGUUACAGUGCUGUUCAACAGUUUGGUGAUGUGCGUCAUUGCCUUUAAUCAUUGCUUACACACUCCAAAAUUUCUGGCUGUUCUCAACCUUGCAGUGAUUGACGUCAUACUAAACACAUGUACUAUUCCCAGCAUGAUAAAAAUAUUCCUUAUUAAGGAUAACUUUAUUCCUUUCAACCUAUGUUUGGUACAAAUGUUUUUCUACUAUACCUUAGCUAGUUUGGAGUCAUAUGCACUUGCUAUUCUUGCUUAUGACCGGCUUAUCGCAAUAUGUUUCCCUCUGCGUCAUAACUCAAUCAACACAUUGCGGAGAAUGUGUUGUAUUGUCAGCAUGUCAUGGUUUUUUGCUGUGGUAGUCACUACAUUUUCAGUAGGUAUAAUGACUGAACUCUUUUGCAACUCUGUCAGAGUGUUCAGCUACUUCUGUGACUAUGCUCCUGUGUUUAGACUCGCCUGUAAUGACAACACAAUGCAGUGGUGGGCGGCCUCUAUGUUGACCAUCUUUCUCCUUGUAGUACCCUUUAUUUUCAUUCUUCUCUCUUAUAUCAGCAUUCUAGUGACUGUGUUCAGGAUGAAAUCACUGGACAGUCGGGUGAAAGCUUUAGCCACUUGUGUCGAGCAUGUUAUUCUUGUGGCCGUAUUUUACAUUCCUCUUCUUGUUAUUUUCACAGUAGGGUUUUAUCUCAGAGUCAUUGACCCAGAGCAGCGUGUGCUCAGCCUGUCAUUGGCCUCUUGCAUCCCACCCUGCAUCAAUCCUAUUGUCUAUUCUUUAAAAACCAAAGACAUCAAAAUCAGAGUGCUGGCACUGAUCAGGAAAAAUCAAGUUGGUGAGCAACAAAAAUGCCACAAAACUCUAAAGUAAUCCUUGUAGAAUUAGCAAAACAGAGCAAUAAAAUGAACCAAGAGCCUAAAAUGUGUGGAAUAAUGUCCGGACACAGAAAUGGUAAUCCAAAAUAGGUCAUCAGUUUCGUACAAGCAUUAGAGCAUCAAUUCCAAGAAAGUUAACAACAUUACUGUUAUGUAAAACACAAUCUGGAGGCACAAUUUCAGCUCAGCCUUGGACUCAAUGGAUUAUGUGAUCACCAUGGUGAACACCGUGGACCGGCCUGUCUGUUUUGGGUUUUUUUUUAGCUUUGUCUUUGUGCAGUUAUAUCUGAAUGUUUAUUUCUGUGUGGAGCAAAUUGUCCUUGUUGCUAUAUUUUACAUUAUUUCCAUGUUUGGGUUUUAUGUGUGAGUCAUUGAAAUGGAUCAGCAUGUGCACCACCUAUUGUUGGACUCUUGCAUCUCUGCUUCAAUCCUAUUGUGUACACCUUAAAAAAGAGAGACAGCAAAAAUAGUCUACUGUAUUUGAGCCUACUAGAAAAAAAUGCCAAACAACAGUGUUCCCUAUGAGAGCAAUGGCAUUAAUUCUGAGAUGAAAAAUGUAGGACAUGAAGUGUGUGUAGUUUGUGGAAGAUUUUAAUAAUGUUUAUCCCGUUUGUUUCAAGAAACUAGUAAUAACUUUGUUUUGGGUAAGUAUUGCAAACCCCAAUCUGUGCUUUUAAUAUGACUGCAGUUAUGUGCCCUCUAGCUAUAGCCCUUUAACUGUUUGCAUUAAAGUGUGAUAAUCUAAGGCUGACAAAGUGCUUCAAACUACUGAAUUUUGUAAAUAUCUUGACUUGUGUAACACUGCCCCCAAAUCUGAUAAACUGGCCCUUUUGUUUGGAUGUUUUAUUGUGUAAAGUCUGACUGUUUUUUUUUUUUUCCUGCCUUUGUAAUGACCAUACUAAGAGCGAUCAUUCUGUAGACAUCCAAUGCCCAUAACAGCAGAGCUUUGUAAUGUUCUCAUUUCCCACUGAGAAUGGUUUGAACCUAAAAACAGUGCUCUUUUACAGCAGCCUCUGUGUUUCCUUGUGUUCACUGGCAUGUCACAUAUUUCCAGUUAUUUGGUGCACAUGUGUGAAAAAAUGGGACAUAACUUGGGAUGACAUGUAAUGACAACAGUUCAUUUUCUGUAUUGAAUUUUAAUAAUUGAAUGUUCUCGAGGUGUACAAUAACAUGAUGAAUUAUAAUUUGCAAUACAUUAAUAUGAUUAAUAUGUUCCAUCCAAAAUAUUUAGUUUUCUUGUUUAAGUAAAAUAAAAAAAUGUAUUUUACGUGACUAAUAAAAAGCUGUGAUUUGAAAACUAAAACUUAUCCGUUGUUACUGACUCCU